UACGUUAGUUGUGAGCGAACCGUCGACGAUUUAGCGAGUGUGUAUGUUUGCUCGCGCUUGAUUCAUUCGCUUCUCUGUUUGUUUGGAGGCCUGUUAUCUUAUCAGCACGUUUCUCCAUCGAUAAAUAAGACAUGUCGCCGGUGCUGGAACUUAUCCUAAAGCUGUACAAACGUUGUCAGAGUGCUUACGUGAGUGGUUGCAGCAGCUAGAGUUAAUAUCAUUUAGCUCUCAAUUCGCGUCACAAGACCAUAAGAAAUAUGCCGGUUAUAUAGAAAUUAAACGUGCACGGUUAAGCAUUCUUUAUUGCAACAUAGGUUUUCACUUAUGUUACUGUCAACCAUGACCGAAUUCAAACUGAUACCAACGUUUCUCGUGGCGUCGUUCCUGCUUGCUUCAGCAUUUGCGCAAUCGUCUAGUUCCAUAAUUCAAGCGAAGUGUUUCUUUCAAAAAACUUGCAUCGAAUGCCUGGACGCUGAUAAAGAAUGUGCAUGGUGUACGGAUGAAUUAUACGAAAUGCAGAAAUCGCGCUGCAUGACGAAACACGAAUUGCUGGAAUCGAAGUGCAACGCAUCCAAAAUCGAGACGAAUGAGAAUUACUCUUAUUUAGAAGUCACGAAAAGCGAGCCACAUCGCGAUUUUGACUCAACGAAGCUGGAAGCGGUACAAAUAUCGCCACAAAAAAUGAAUCUACGUUUAGGAAAAUUGGCCUCCAAAACCAUCUCGUUCCAGUACAAACCGGCCAAAAACUAUCCCUUGGAUAUGUACUACCUGAUGGAUCUUACCUGGUCGAUGCGAGACGAUAAAGCAACGCUAGAAAGUAUGGGCAGCCAACUGGCACUGGCCCUAGCUAACCUGACGGCCAACUAUCAGCUCGGAUUUGGCAGUUUCGCCGACAAACCGACCGUUCCGUUCAUUCAAUCCGAACCACAUCGGCUCCAGAAUCCAUGCUAUUCGGAAAAUGAUCAGUGCGAACCAACGUACGGAUUUCGCCAUCGACUGAAGAUUACGCGUGACAUUAACAGUUUCAUUGCGCAAGUCAAACAGAGUAAUGUGACGGGCAAUGUGGACAAUCUGGAAGCAGGCUUGGAUGCGCUAAUGCAGGUGCUCGUGUGCGAGAAACAGAUCGGUUGGGGCUCAAACACUCGCAAGAUUGUAAUAGUGGCUACGGACGGCUGGCUGCAUAUGGCCGGCGAUGGGCUACUGGCUGGAAUCGUGGAAGAAAAUGACAAACAGUGCCAUUUGGAUGAGGAAGGCAACUUUGUGGAUGUGCUAAAGUACGAUUAUCCAUCGUUGGAGCAGGUCUGGCGUGUAUUGCUUCGCUCCAAAACGGCCGUCAUAUUUGCCGUAACCGAGGCCCAGGAAGCCUACUAUCGACGACUGAACGAAUUAAUGCCAGAGUUCACAAGUGUCGGUCGGCUGCAGGAUGAUUCUUCCAACAUAAUCCAGCUGGUGGAUGAUGGAUAUCGAGAAUUUAUCAAACGGGUAGAGUUUACGGACAACGCACCGGACUACCUUCAGGUGCGCUAUACUACCGACUGUGGUGGAUUGUAUCGCGAACCGCAACCGAUAAACAGAUGCGACAACAUUGAAAUUGGAAAGGAAUACAAAUUCAAUGUGGAACUACAGCUGCUGGACUAUCCCAAAGACCCGUCGGUUACGAAUAUCUCUGUCAGAAUUGAGGAAAAACUGAUCAGUAAUGAAGCUGUGGAGCUGGAAAUUGAUUUACGUACUACUUGUGACUGUGAUAAGAACAAAAAACCGACGGAGCUGAGCGAACUGUGCAAUUUCCAAGGGGAUUACGUCUGUGGACAGUGCCAGUGCUAUGUCGGAUGGAUCGGAAAAACGUGUGAAUGUAAUUUACAAAACUCUCAAAACCGGCGAGAGCUGUUCGAGCAAUGUGUAGCUCCCAAUGCCGGAGACGAGCUGCGUACCGGCCCAAUUUGUUCCGAUCGAGGUGAAUGUAUUUGCGGCCAAUGCUAUUGCAAUCCCGGAUUCGAAGGAGAACAUUGCGAAUGUAACGAGUGUGCUAAGAUUGAUGGGAAGAUCUGUGGAGGUGCAGAUCAUGGUAUUUGCACGUGUGGUUCCUGCAGUUGCUUUGACUCAUGGAGUGGUGAAAAUUGUGACUGUACGACCGAUACCACCGGGUGUAAGGCUCCAUCAGUUAAAGCACUUUGCUCUGGACAGGGAGAGUGCACUUGCGGACGCUGCACCUGCAACGAAUCAUAUUUUGGUCCGUUUUGUGAAACCAAAGAUGGCGAACAGCCGGCCUUGUGCUCAUCAUACGAAGAUUGCAUACGUUGUGCAGUGUACGAGCUGAAUGAUAUGCCAUGCCAGGACUUGGACAGAAAGUGCCGCGAAAAGAUUGGACUGUACAAGGUAGAGCUGGUUGCUUUGAACGAAGAAACUUCGCAGAACUCAUUGGCAGAGCCACUCAAUUGUACUUUUCGAUAUAGCGACGAAAAGAAUGUGUGCGAUUAUAAGUUCUCGUACGCGCUUUCAAACACCAACAGAGAAACAUUGCUUCGGGUGCAGAACUUUCAAUGCAAAGAAAUUAACUUGAUUGCGGCUGGAAUUAGCAUCGCCUUGUCGAUCUUUGUCGGUGGUUUAAUACUGCUGCUAGCUUACCGAUGUAAACUAAUGUACGAUGAUAAAAAAAUGUUUGCCAAAUUCGAGAAGGAAAGGGAACAGGAAACGAAAUACCAAAUGGACAGUCCGCUCUACAAAUCGCCGAUAACAGAAUUUAAAGUUCCUGCCGAGAUGGAGACAAGCGUACUGUGAGUUAGAUAAACAUACUGAGUAUAGCCAUUAUCAGAAGUUGGCAGCGAUGCAAACACUUAACGAAUAGCAUACAUCACUGUGGAAAGACUAGACUAGACUUUUUUGUUGGUAAUACUAUUAUGGAAAAGAAACAAUCAUACUUUAAUUGAUUUCAACCAUAACAUAACACAACAUAGCCUAACGCAUGGCUCUAAACAAAAUGUUUGAGUACUAGAAUAUUCCAUCAAUUUGGCAAAAUGGUAUACAGUUGACCCCUUAAAAUUAUUUGUAUGAUUGUUGAAUACCUACGAACAGUGUUUUGGAUUGAUAAACAUAUCUUUUUAAUAGCGUUAGCCCACUUAUUGAUGAAAAAAUCCGUUCAUAGAUGCGUAUUGCUUGGUCUUUAAAUUAUAUGUCAAUAACAUUGAGUAUUACAGUUAAUCUAUGUGCAGAUCAACAUAAAAAAUAACAAUAGGCAAGAUCAACAAUAUAGAAGAUCAACAUAAAAAAAACAAUAUUCGAAUUAUGACUAGACCAUCUUGUCAUAUACUGUAGUAUGAAACAUAACUACACAACGCAAACGCAGGACAUAUUUUACUGUCAUAAGGUAAUUCUAUCAGCGAAAUAUUAGGCAUAACUCGCCAAAAAGGACAAAGACUUUAGAGUUCAAUAAGAAGAUCAUUAUUUAAAUGUUCUAAAAGUUUGAUCAAACGUACCGACAACAUUUAAAAUACCACAAAGCUGACAUAGUUUAUUACGAGCAGAUUAAAUAAACAUGACCCAUUUAUAAUAUAAAAAACAAGCUUUGUUUAUUCUUAAAUUGUAUGGUACAGCAGACACAACGCCUCUUUAGGCAGGGUUUUAUACCAAAUAUGUAAGAAAAUCUGUAACGAAAUCAUUCAGCCCUCAUCAAUCCAUUUUCCGAAUAACCGUGCUUUCAUUUAUAUCUGGAUAUAUAUAUUUAUAUCGUGUCACAUA